ACUUCUCCUAUUUAAAUAAAGGGGAGAAGCCUCUCUACCAAAAGCCAAGUGCUAGUACUACUUGUGCUAAUAUUAUUGCAGGCAUCCCAAGAAGUAGCUAGCAGCGAAUGUGUUCUUCCAGCUCGAUCGGCCUCUUAUAAAUUUGCUCAUCGCUAAGCCUAAUUUAAAGGGACGUUAUCUGUACUUAUAUAUAUAUAGAUCGAUAUAUCAGGAUGUGGAAGUUGAAAGUAUCCCAAGGAGGGCCCAAUUUGGUAAGCGUAAACAAUUUCAUCGGGCGAGAACACUGGGAAUUCGACCCUAAUGCCGGCACACCGGAAGAACAUGCUGAAGUUGAAAGGGUCCGUGAGGAAUACAAGAAAAAUCGGUUUAAGAUGAAACAAAGUUGUGAUCUUUUGAUGAGAAUGCAGAUUAGAAAGGAGAAUCAACGUGGGCCAAUUCCACCACCAGUGAAAGUCCAAGAAACAGAGGAAAUAACAGAGGAAGCAGUGACAACUACACUGAGAAGAGCACUAAGCUCCAUUUCCUCCCUUCAGGCCCAUGAUGGCCACUGGCCUGCUGAAUUUGGUGGACCCUUGGUUUUUGUUGGGCCCUUGGUGAUGGCAUUGUCAAUUACUGGGGAUCUCGAUCGCAUGUUCUCAUCACAUCAUCGAAAGGAAAUCAUUCGAUACCUAUAUAAUACUCAGAAUGAAGAUGGAGGAUGGAGUUUCCAUAUAGUGGGAGACAGCACAAUGUUUGGCUCAGCUUUGAGCUAUAUUGCCUUGAGAAUACUUGGAGAGGGGCCCGAAGAUGGUGAAGAUAGGGCCAUGGCUAGAGGCAGAAAAUGGAUCCUCGACCAUGGUAGUUUGGUGGCGAUGCCAUCAUGGGGAAAGUUUUGGGUCUCGGUACUAGGAGCGUAUGAGUGGUCGGGAUGUAAUCCAUUACCCCCAGAGUUCUGGCUUCUUCCUAAUUUCAUCCCCCUUAAUCCAGGAAAAAUGUUAUGCUAUGCUCGCUUAGUUUACAUGCCAAUGUCUUAUUUAUACGGGAAGAAAUUUGUUGGUCCAAUCACUGAGUUGGUUAAAUCGCUAAGACAAGAGCUGUACAACGAGCCUUAUGAACUAGUUAACUGGAACAAAGCCAGGAAUGCAAUUGCAAAGGAGGAUCUGUACUUUCCACAUCCUCUGGUACAAGAUUUGGCAUGGGAUUUUCUUCAAUACAUAGUGGAGCCUUUCCUGUCACUUUGGCCCUUUUCAAUGGUGAGAGAGAAGGCGGUGAAAAUUGCCAUUGAUCAUAUACGUUAUGAGGACGAGGCCAGCAGAUAUUUAUGCAUUGGAGGCGUUGAAAAGGUGUUAUGCUUGAUGGCCCAGUGGGUUGAAGAUCCAGAUUCAGAGGCAUACAAGUGUCAUUUAGCCAGACUUCCUGAUUACUAUUGGGUUGCUGAAGAUGGAUUAAAACUUCAGAGUUUGGGCUGUCAAACGUGGUCUGCAGUUUUCGCUAUUCAAGCAAUCCUACAUUGUAAUCUAAACGAAGAGUGCGCGCCAACUCUUCGAAAAGCAUAUGAUUUCAUGAAGGCUUCACAGGUGCAAGAAAACCCUCCUGGGGACUUCAAGAAUAUGUACCGACACAUAACUAAAGGAUCGUGGACGCUAGCAACACAGGACUAUGGCUGGCAAGUCUCUGAUGUCACUGCAGAAGGGUUGAAGGCUACACUCAUGUUAUCACAAUUGCCCUCCGAUCUAGUUGGGGAAAAAAUGGAGACUGAACGGUUUUAUGAUGCAGUGAAUGUCGUUCUUUCUUUACAAAAUAGUAAUGGUGGUUUCUCGGCAUGGGAGCCUGUGAAAGCAUCCCCCUGGAUGCAGAAGUUCAACCCAACUGAGGUCUACGAGGAUUGUCUCUUUGAAAAAGAGUACAUAGAGUGCACUGCGUCAGCAGUUGAAGGUCUCGUACUCUUUAGGAAAUUGUAUCCCAGGCACCGUCGGAUGGAGAUAGACAAUUCCAUUUCCAAGGCCAUUCAAUUCAUUCAAGACAUACAAGAACCUGAUGGAUCAUGGUAUGGUAAUUGGGGGAUUUGCUACACCUAUGGCACAUGGUUUGCUGUUGGGGCACUAACAGCCUCUGGAAAAAACUACCAAAAUUGUGCUGCAAUUCGCAAAGCUUGUGAAUUUUUGCUGUCAAAGCAGUUGAAAAAUGGUGGAUGGGGAGAGAGUUACCUUUCAUGCCACAACAAGGUGUGGUCAAAUAUUGAAGGCAAUCGAGAAAAUGUUGUCCAAACUGCUUGGGCAGUGUUAACACUCAUUAACGCAGGACAGGCUGAGAGGGAUCCAACACCAAUUCAUCGUGGAGUAAGAGUACUGAUCAACUCACAAUUGGAAGAUGGUGAAUUCCCUCAACAGGAAAUCACUGGGAUAUUUUUUAGGUUUUGUGGAUUAAACUACGCAGCAUUUAGAGACAUUUUCCCCUUAUGGGCUCUUGGGGAAUAUCGAAGGCGAGUUCUACUUGCAUAAUAGUGCCUGAAAUGCAAAACAAAAGUUCUGCAUAUUGAAGUAAUUCGACAGAUCAUAGCAGCACUGCUCU